AUGGAUGGUGACGAUGAGCUGAGACAACUUGACAAGACUUAUUGUACGGGUAAUGUAGGACGACAUCGUUUUCAGUGUUUUAAUAAUGAACAUAAAUGUCUUCCAUUACGAAAGUUGGGCUCAGGCAUGAGUGACUGCUCGAAUGGUUAUGAUGAAAGUUGGUUCGGUAUUGGUACUACUCUUCGAUAUCAGCUUCCAUGUUUUAAAUGGAUCACCACUGAUUGUCCUCGUGUGAUGGAAUACAUUCAUCAAUCAUCAUCGAAGAAUUCGAUCAAUAGUAGUCUGUUCAUUGAUCAUCAACAACAAGAAUCAACAUAUCGCAUGCCGUUUCGAUAUUAUUGUAAUACUUUCUGGGAUUCAGAUCAAUACAUAGACGAGACACCUUCUUCCUGCAAAUAUUGGAUAUGUCAGCAUAGUCAAUAUCAAUGUCGAACGGGGCAGUGCAUUCUAGUUGAAUGGGUUUGUGACGGUGAAUGGGAUUGCUCAGAUGCAUCUGAUGAAGAAGCUUUUGUAUUAAUUGAAAAUUCGUCAUUUCACAAUAGAAAUUUGAAAGAUUUAUCUUUACAGUUAGAAAAAUGUCGCAAACGAUAUUCGACUGCAACAUUUUCGAAAAUCUGCAAUAUAUCUUUGGAGUUUGGUUGUUAUCUAUCUGGUGUUUCAAAUCCUUUAGACAUUCAAUUGAAUCGUCCAUGCAUUAAUCUUACUCAAAUUGGUGAUGGUGUAGAAAAUUGUUAUAAUGCUUACGAUGAAAAAAAUACAUUUAUAUCAAAUUUGAGAGGAGGACGCAUGUGGGGUUUUCAUUUUCGUUGCAAUAAUGAAGAUAUGACCUACCAAGAUGUUUGUAUACAGGGCCGUAACUGCAGCCAGAUUCAUUGCUUAAAUGAUCAAAAUAAUAAUAGAUCAUGCUCUGGCAAGGAAGAUUUCCUUUGUCUCCAUGAUAAUCGUUGCAGAAAGAAUGUGCGAUGCAAUGGAAGUCCUGACUGUUUUCAUGGAGAAGAUGAAUAUUGGUGCCCAUCUGGUUUUCUUAUAGAUGUAACAGGAUAUCGUAUAAGCAAGAAGCAAAUAUCAUUGCAACGCGAUGAAAUUCUUUCUCAAAUAUUCAAUCCCUCUGAAACCACAUUAAACAUCAGUCGACAUCAAUUAUCAGAGUUUAUUAACAGUCGUAAAAACUAUGAAUAUUUCAAAGUUCAUUCAUAUCAAUGUAAUCGAGGUAUCGCUGUUAUUCAUAUAAAUGAAACACGAUGUUUAUGCCCACCUGCUUAUUAUGGUGACUGGUGUCAAUACUUCAAUGAUCGAAUCAGUAUCAUUGCACGUAUCGAGCACGGAACACAGUCAAAGACAAUAUCAGAUCGUGUAUUCAAAAUUAAAGCCAAUAUUCUUUUUAAACAUAGAAUCAUUUAUCAUCAUGAAUUCCAUGUUGUCCCAAUGCUAGAAAGAAACUAUUUCAUCAAGCAUAAAUUUUAUCUACUUUAUUCACGUUCUUCGGAAAUGCUUGUGCAUAAGCAAAAGCGUUAUUUCAAUCGAAGCGAUGUAAUUCAUGAUCAUCCAUAUUCAAUUCACUUUGAUGUUUUUGCGUUGAAAGGUGAUAACAAUUUAGAAGAAAUUGGGCCAUGGCAUUAUCCCAUUUAUUUCGACUAUCUACCUGCAUUUCGUUUAGUCGUGGUAUUAAAAUUUCCAUCUUGGUUUGGAAAUUUAACUCUUAAUCCUUUAAAUUAUUUAACAUAUUAA